ACAGGGGUAUUUCCCCUUCAGUAUUUUGCCAGAGCUUUGAUUGGUAAAUGUGGUACGCAGAUCGGAGGCUCCAGCUCCAUAUGUCUCUAUCAAUAAUAAUAAGUUGUUCUACUGGAUUUCAUUCCAGCCUUGCUCUUGAACUGAAAAAUGGGGAUACUGUCUCAAAUGUUAUGCAAGAGUGUGGCUUCUCUGACCCAAGUCUCAAAACGGGGGCGUGGCAGUUACUUGAAAAAUGGAGCAAUUGCAGGAGAGCACUUUCUCCUCACGAGGAUAUGUUUAUGUUGAAUGGAGAAUGGGGAAAUUUGUUUCGUGCAAGUUUUCAACUUCAGCAGAAAAAAAUGAAAAAGAAGAGAAAAGUGAACAGAACCAAAAAGAAAGCUGCGUUACUUUCUCAUCCUAAACUCUUCUUGAAAAAGUGCACACAUAAGAGACUAUACUGUGCUAAAUGGGUGAUGGUACAGGCAUUAAGGCAGAAUAGGAAGAAGUACAGUAACCUCUUGCUCAACAGGAUUGUAAAGCAAGAUCCGUUGUGGGGUCCUUUAGAGCCAACACCACUGGACUCACUACAAGCUGAGCUGAACUCCAAAAAGACCAGAAAUCUUGAGCUCUCCUCAGAAAUUGCGGACCUCAAUAUAUCUUCUACUAGGCUACGGAAUGAGACCCAUAUUCUACGACAGAAGGAGCAGGAGCUUACAAAAAGGUUGACUCAGCUCCAAGAUGAGGUGUCUGUUAAGAAAGAGGAGAAGGAUAGACGAGGACCUAAGGACCUGACUCAUGUCCAGACGGACAUUAUUAAACUGAGGAGGGAAUUGGAGACUCGUAAUAGACUCAAUGCAAGUCACACUUCCAAACUGAAGACACAAAAAGAAUUUCUUGCUGAGAAGAAAAAGUAUCUGGAGGGGAGACAAAACGAGCUCGAUGCAGUUGAACAGUUACAACCUCUUCCGUUUACUCCCGUGAUGAUGAAAAAGAGCACUGUUGAGGAUUUUCUUGAAAAAGUAGACGAACCGGAUGUUAUCCCAUCAGUGAGCUCAGAUCAACUUUUACAUACAUGUAUUUCUGAAAAACGGGAUCCUAAAGUGUCGUUGACUUUCAAGAAGCGGCACACGAGCAGAUUUGAAGCCAGAACAAAGCAGCUUGUAGAAGAAGAGGGAAUUUCUUUUCGAAAAAUGCAGUCACAGUUGAAAUUUGAGCCAGCAGACAUGCUUUCGCCUCACUCAUCUGACGCUUCACAAACGAAUGUUGACAAAGCUGAUGAACUAGGAGUCUCUCCAUCUUCUGACAUAAGUGAAUACAGCAAAUCUACCAUCUACUUGCACACUGAAGGCCCAGACGUAUUGAUUAUUCCGAAAGAAGAAGAGAGAUGGUACAUUCACUCUCAAGAACUUCCAUCAGGGGAUAAAGCAUCACCAGCAAAAAAUGCCAUGAAAGGCUAUAAGCUAGGUUCAAGUGCAAGCAAUCAGAGUUUUCAAGGACCAACAACACUUGAUGUACGUAAGAGCAGAAAGAAAGCCAGAAGAAGCAAUAAAGUUUGUUUCGCUAAAGAAGCAUUGAUUCUGAAUGCUGCACUUGAAGGUGAAUUGGAUGUACUGAAGGAUUGUGUGAAAGAGCUGGAGAGCUGUUCUCAGGUCAGUGACAAGGGUGCCACAUGUCUUCAUAAUGCUGUAUGCUCUGGUAGCAUUGACGUCGUACAGUUCCUCAUAGAGAUGGGUUGUAACAUCAAUGCUCAAGAUAUUGAUGGGUGGACUCCACUUCAUUGUGCUGCUGCAUAUUGUCACUUGGACAUGAUUCACUACCUGAUCGACAAUGGUGCUUCUCUGUUCCUGACCACGCAAGAUGAGGAAACGCCUCUGAAGAUUGCCGUUGAGGAGUACAAAGUACAGAGCCAGGGAGAAGGAAAGCAAGAAGGAAGCCAAAUGGCAGUGGAGUGUUUGCACUAUCUUAUGGGUAAGAUUCCGAAAGGAAUAUUGGAGUUGCUAAUAAUGGUGAAGUGUAUGCCCUCUUCUCACAUACCUCUUCUGAGCCGGAUGAGUUAUGCUUUAAUGAGGGGGAGCUCCUAAUUAUCAGUGAUCAUGGAGACUGCGGAGCGGGAGACCAGUGGUGGAUGGCUGUUAAUGCAACCGGACAGACAGGAUUAGUACCGUGCACUUUCCUCGGACCACAAUGUAGACACAAUGUAGUAUUGUAACCAUGCAAUCCAUGAAACGUUUUUUGGUGUUAGCAAAAUAAAAAUUGUUUGUGUAUUUUAUUAUUUUAUAAGUGCUGAGUUUGAUA